AUGAAAUUCAGUUCGAUCAUCAAGAAGAUUCUUGGCGGUGGAAGCCUUUCAAAGAAAUCGAAAGAUUACCGGCGGCUAGUAAUGAGCGAUGAGAAAGAUCAUCAUCAUCAUCAUCAUCAAUCAGUUAAGGUUCGACGAGGUUACGUGGCUAUUUACGUUGGCGAGGAGGCUAAAAGAUACGAAGUUCCAGUUAAAUAUCUCUCUUUUCCGCCAUUUCUAGAGCUCGUGAAGCAGUCAGUAGGUGAUGAUUUUGACACUCAGAUUGAUGGUCCUAUAAAUCUUACAUGCACAACUGAGACAUUCGAUGAGUUACUGAAACUUGCCAAGAACUUUUAG